AUGUCGUCGAUGGCAUGGAUGUUGGUGCUAUUGCUAUUAGCUGCAUGGGCAGGCAGGGCCUCUAGCUCACUGGUGGCGAAGCCAGGCUGCCAGGCGCGAUGUGGCGACAUCGACGUCCCCUACCCGUUCGGCAUCGGUGCCGGCUGCUUCCGCCCGGGCUUCGAGAUCGCCUGCAACAACAUGACGCCGUUUUUGCCGGACGUCACCGUCCUGGUGCAGCUGCCUGUGGCGCACCAGUGCUUGGACGCCACCGGCAACGAGACCACCGGCAGCUUCGACGGCAGGUUGGCGGUCAACAAGCUGGACGUGUACCGCAUCUCCAACACCGCCAACGAGCUCUUUGUCCUGGGCUGCAAUACCCUCGUCUACGCCAGCAGAGGGAAGUCGAGGUCCCAGGUCCGGAACGAGUCAACCGUCGCCUACUUCAGCGGUUGCGUGGCCUACUGCAACAAAGCCCAGAAGGCGCAGGACGACAUGUGCAACAGCAUCGGAUGCUGCCGCGUCGAAAUCUCGCCGUUGCUCACCAGCACCAGGAUGAGGUUCGAGAAAUGGGCACGCAAGCGCAUCGACUUGAGGCACCCCUGCAGCUAUGCCUUCAUCGUGCAGAAGGACCACUACGUCUUCAAGGCCGCUGACCUGGAGAGGACGCCGGAGCCGGACCCGGCAAAGCGAUGGAGCAUGCCACUUUGGCUCGACUGGGCCAUCCGCGACGGCAGUAACUCCUCGUCCUGUCCUGUGCCGGACAAGACGCCGGGAUACGCUUGCGUGAGCAACCGCAGCGAGUGCGCCAAGUCUACCAACGGGAAUGGAUAUUACUGCAUAUGCAACAAAGGCUACGAGGGCAACCCAUACCUUGAAAACGGAUGCACGGAUAUCGACGAGUGUAAAGAGCCACAAUUAUAUUCAUGCUUAGGCAAGUGUACCAACAUGGAUGGAUCUUUCGAGUGCACGUGCUCACAAGGAUACCAAGGAAACGCCACCCACAAAGAUGGUUGUGUCCGGUCCAUAAACACAGCUUUAAUCAUUGGCCUAUCAGUUUCUAGUGGCCCAACUAUUCUAAUUUUGUUUCUUGCCUCAAAGAUAAUAGUCCGCCAGCUUAAGCAUCAAAAGGAACAAAAGUUGAGACAAAAAUUCUUCAAUCAAAAUCGUGGACAAUUGUUGCAAAAAUUGGUAUCUCAUCGGUCAGAUAUUGCAGAGAGGAUGAUCAUCCCUCUAAGGGAGCUAGAAAAGGCCACAAACAAGUUUCAUCCAACUCGUAAGCUUGGUGGUGGAGGGCAUGGUACCGUAUACAAAGGAAUUUUAUCAGACUUGCAUGUUGUUGCAAUCAAAAAGUCAAAUAUUGUGGUCAAGAGUGAGAUUAACGAGUUUAUAAAUGAAGUUUCCAUACUCUCACAGAUCAAUCAUAGGAACAUUGUAAAGCUUUUUGGAUGUUGUCUUGAGACAGAAGUCCCCUUGUUGGCUUAUGAGUUCAUUUCCAAUGGAACCCUAUGUGAUUAUCUUCACAAGAAUCCACUAAGACCAGUACCUUGGCGAGACAUAUUAAGGAUUGCUACAGAAAUUGGCAAAGCCCUUUCUUAUCUUCACUCGGGUAUUUCUGUCCCCGUAAUACACAGAGAUAUAAAGUCCACUAAUAUACUUCUUGAUGCUGCUUUGACAGCGAAGGUGUCUGACUUUGGAGCUUCAAGGUACAUUCCUAAAGAUAAAAGAACAAUCACAACAGUGGUGCAGGGAACGUUGGGAUAUUUAGAUCCUAUGUACUUUUAUUGUGGUCGUCUAACAGAAAAAAGUGAUGUUUAUAGCUUUGGAGUUAUUCUCGUUGAGUUGCUUACAAGGAAGAUGCCAAUUAUAUAUAGAUCCUCCACCGGUGAUGGGCUAGUUGCACAAUUUGCUGAACUACUUGCAGAAGGUAAAUUAGUAGAAAUACUAGAUCCACAAGUAAUUGAGGAGGGAGGUAGCCAAGUUGAAGUGGUAGCUUCUCUAGCUAUGUCGUGCAUAAAGCUAAGAGCAGAGGAGCGGCCAACUAUGAGGUCAGUGGAGAUGACAUUAGAAGCACUUCAAGGACCCAAAGAGCAUUUUCGGGUUCGGGACGCGACAUAUGAGGGGAGUUAUUCAGCAAUGAGAUAUAUAUCACCAAUAAGAAGGACAAGCUUAGAGGAGACGAGCAGGCAAUAUAGUCAAGAAGAAGAGUUUGUGUUGUCUGGAAGCUACCCUCGAUAGUCUUACUUAUAGUUUACAUGUGAAAGAGUUGGUAUGUAUAACAUGCACGUGUGUUGUGUAUUUCGAACAUUGUCUGUGCUUCAAUUUGUUGUUGCUUUAAUGUUAUGUUUCUAAUCAAAGUAUGUCAAUUACAUGGUUGAUUGUUUCUUCAUUGAACAACUGCUUCCUUCAUAAUGUGGGCACUCACCGUAUAGUACAUAUACUUAUUUAUCUUCAAGCUGGGUUGCCCAAAUUUGCAUUGCUCACAUAAUAGAAAUUCUGAAAAAAAAUUUCAAGGUAUAUGUAGUGCUCAAAAUGUUGCUGAUCAAAGAUAUAGUUAGCUAGUGCGGUUAAUAUUUUCUAUUUCAAAAUUCAAGGUGAUUUUAAAAAUAACUAGCAAAGUAGUCCCUUCCUGCAAAUCUGAGGUGUAACAUAUUAUUUCAUAAUUUUGUAUAUUAUAUGGGAGAUUAAUAUUUCACAACUUUUAAGGGAUGAUUUCGGUGGACAGUAUCUACCAGAGAGCUCUAGAGAUAGUUAUUAAUGAUCUAUGCUGAAUAAAUUAAUUUGAAGUUUUAUUAGUUAUAUUAUUUUAUGAAAACAAUAUACUUAUUCUCUUUUAAAACCUUAUAUACG